AUGUCGACACGAUCACCCUCCCCAUUUUCGGGCCACGCGACAAUGGAGUCCAAUUCCAAAAAGUCCGUCGCACAGAGAAGAGUAUACGGGAAACGCAGAGCGAAUGCGCCCAGGGCGGUGUUCGACGGAAGUCCAGCCAGAGAAGCUACAUCUAAGAAGUUUGUAAAUGUCGACCCUGUGAAGAGCAUACAAACCAAAUUGGCCGAAGUGACGAUCGAUGAUAUGACCCCUCAAGAGGAGGUUUCAGAGCCACCCAAGUGCGAGGAUGAGGAAGAAGAGUCGAUUGAGCCUACUAGCCAGCAAUCAAGUCUCUCUUCGGCAGUGGAUUCUCCUGAUACCGAGGCAACUGAAUCAUCUGUCAAAUCAUCUUCAGGGAAGACGAAGAGAACUCAAACAAUGAUGGAAGUCAGGAUAUACAACAAAUCCUCAAAAGAGCCACUCGAAGCCACUGCAGAGGCUACAGAUACCAAUUCAGAGCCGUCAACCACAUCCGAAGCUACAGACGCUCUAUUCGAACCCACACAGUCUACAACGGAGCCAUUAAGCACAGCACAAGAUCCCACGGACGAGGAUCAAGAAAAGCUCAACGCCUUGGAAAAAAGGCGAGCGGUGAGGAAAAAGGUCCCCGCUUCCAGGCGCUCAUCUGGAGUGGUCCACGACAACAAAGCCAGCGAAUAUGUUCGCCCGAUCCUUAAUGAAGCACUAUCACCAAUUGCGGCACAAAGCAUCCAAAAGUUCGGCUCGUGGGCUUCACGCUCGGCAAACAUGUUCGACGUUGCAAAAUUGGCAGAAGGAUCUUACGGUGAAGUAUACAAGCUUCAUUUGCGCGAUGAAGCAUUUCGGCCAGUGGUAUCGAAAUCCAAACUGGCGAAAUUGAAAUCCUAUGGCGACGGUGUUUUCAAGGUCGUACCCCUGCGGGCGAAGAGCGGUCCGGGAUCCAAAAAGUUCACCAGUAUCGAGGAGAUCGUCUCCGAAGUCAAGAUGCUCAAAUACCUGGACCCGGUUCCUGGGUUUGCUCGCUUCAGAGAAAUCCACGUUGUGCAAGGCCGUUUCCCCGAAUCCUUCCAGAAUGCGUGGGACCACUAUAAGAAGACCAAGAACGACUGCAUGAAUCCUAACCCCUCCAAUAAAAGAGCAUACCCCGACACGCAGCUUUGGGCAGUCAUAGAAAUGGACGACGCAGGUUGCGAACUAGAGAAAUUUACUUGGUCUUCUAUCUUCCAAAUCUACGAUAUCUUCUGGGGCGUGGCGAUGGCAUUAGCCCGAGCAGAGGAAUAUGCCAUGUUUGAGCAUCGAGAUCUGCAUUUGGGCAAUGUCUGUAUUCGUUCCACUCGCGAAGACGGCUGUAUGGACCCUCCAACCGAGCACGAUGUCGCGCGCCAAUGUUCAUCCAGCGGUUUUGGAAUCAGCGCGCUUGAAACCACCAUCAUCGACUACUCACUUUCUCGCGCGGACCUUUUGCUCAGCGACGACCCCAGUGGACUCACUGAGAUUGCAUCGUCGGAUCUGGACAAGAAGCAGUUGUUCGAUGCUAUUGGUGAGGAUGAAGAUGAGAUCAUGCAGCGAAACACCUACAGAUAUAUGCGUGCAACCCUCUACUCUGGCAAUCCCACCGAAACAGAGAAACUCCCCGACAUUCCCGGCAUUUGGGCUGAGUACUCUCCUCGCACAAACUUGGUGUGGCUAUUAUUCUUGCUUCAGAGUCUUCUCAAGAAUAGAAAACCUGAAGCUCAGCCCCAGCGCAAAGCUCUUGCUCCUUGCUCGCCAAACACGAAGACCUUGAAAUCAACUGGCGAUUCAUUGAAAGCACCUAAAACCAAGCCUCUGCAAGGUGGUAUCUCUCGUCUCAAAAAUACCCUUGAGGAUAGACUGAAGUCCGUCCUUGAACUACUUGAUUUGGAGACUGGUCACGAAGACAUGUGCUGUGCGGCAGAUCUAGUUGCAUACGCCAUGGACUCCCAGUGGCUAGGCGAAGAGGACUUUUUCUGA